AUGUCAACUGACGAGCUUCACAGGUGGGCACGGGUUGCAGUGCUCCGCGGCAGAUCAAUUGAAGGUCUUGAAGAUCUGCAGAUCACUCCUCGGGCAUCUGUGCGGAGCCAUGUGAGCAGAGAACACAGUACUGCCUGUCCACGGACGAUGGUUAGCGAGUGGAUCAACGAGAACCACCUCAUCUGGACCUUAUGCGCCGACCUCGCAGAGUCUGACGCCGACCAGGAUUGGACGCGCGGGUUCAACACCCACUACAGCUCCCAGUAA